AUGAAGCUUUACGGCAUGUUCCUCAUGGCUGGGGCCAUGGUCAGCGCCGUCUCAGCCGGCGCCGGCAAGAUCUGCGAUAUGGAUCCUGUCGUGACUCCUGCUCCAGCGACGCCGGUGACCGACGCCCCGGUCCCGCAGACUGACGAGCCGGCCACACCGGCUACGGUAGCUCCGGUCACUGAAGCUCCCGUGACGCAGGUCGACACUCCUCAACAGCAGGGCAGCGAGGUGGCCGUCGACGGCCGGCACGGUCUCGAGCUCCUACUCGUACACGGGCGUGAACUGCGGACAUAUGAGCAGGUGACGGACAUCGCGUCGUGCAUCAAGACGCCGGUGACCACGUCCAACCCUGUGUCGCCUCUUGACUCGGGAGUCACUCUUGCUCUUCGUGGUCCCAUGACGAUCUCCGGCAUCGGCGUGUUCAUCAACACCAACGGCACAUGGGCCAAGGUCUCGUCCUACGAGAACGGCGGUGCCGCCACCAACAUGGUGUUCCUUAAUAACGAGAACAUUGAUUACACCGGUGGAGGCUCACCCGAAGGAUUCUGCGAGGCCGACGGCACGGGUGUCGCCAAGCAGUCCACCCCUUUCAGCGGCACGCUAGCUGCGGCCUCAAACCCGGGUGGUGGCUCCAUCGUCGCUUCUGAGGCCACCGGUGCUGAGGUGCACAUCAUGACGGAGAACAAGUGUGGUGUUGACGUCGAGUGCGAGGGCGCGUAUGACAAGGAUGGCACGGCUUAUCAGGGAUGGACUGGCGGCAAGAAGAUCUUCGUCUUCAAGGUGUCUAUGGCGGACGGUGGCGCCCCUAACGUGCCUGCCGCCUGGCUCCUGCCAGACCAGGUGACUCACUCCGGUCAGUACGGCUGCAACUGCCGUGGCAAGGGUCCUGCUGGUGGCUGCGGUGAGCUUGAUAUUGUUGAAGUGCUCGAGAAGGACACGAGCUACGUGGCAACGCACUUCUACUUCUACAAAGGCAAGUACAACCCGGGCAACGACCAAUUCGCCAAGCGCCCCACGGACGGCCCGGCCACCUACGUGACAAUCAUUGACGAGGACUACGGUGUUAAGGUCAUCCAGAUCGGCGCCGACGACUUUGACUUCAGUUGUGGCAGCAUCACCAACGACGUUGUCUCGCAGUGGGAGGCGGCUGAGUAAACCUGUUCAAAGUGUUAUUUUUUUUUGUCUAUAGCUUGCAAGCAUUUCCCGGCCGAUGGAUAACAGGGAUUUUUGAUCACCUCGAAGUGUCACUAUGCCAUUUUUUCGGU